AUGGUUCAAGCUGAAGAAGCAAAGACAGUUGCAUCAUUAAAGAAUGGGAUCGAAGGAUUAUACCAAUAUCGUAAUGAAUUAUUCAAAGCAAAACCAAAGGAUGAUUUACAUACUUCAAAUAAAAAUGAAACUACUGAAUCAUCAAAAAUGAAAUAUAAACGUAUUCGUGUAAAGUUAGAUCAAAUAAUGUCAAAUUUUACGGAAAUUGAAGAACAAAUACGUGACCCGGAAAAUAAAUCAAAUUAUUGUUAUUGGAAAGGAAGAGCGUACAACAUAUUUCCUGAAUAUGAAAAACGUGCAACAGAUUAUUUGAGUAAAGCGGCACUGCUCAAUCCAUCGAAUAUUCUUACAUUAAAUGAAUUAGGUGAAAGUUAUGCAAAAAAUGGUGAAUAUGAAAUGGCAUCAAAUUGUUUUAAAAAUGCAAAUUCAAAAGAAAAAAAUCGUUCUGUAUUACGUAAUUUAUCCAUUGUCAUUCGUCAAUUAGCAACAAAAACGGAUGAUCGAACACAGCGAAUACAAUUGAUUGACGAAAGUAUACAAUAUGCAAAAAAUGCUGUAGAAAUUGAUGUAAAAGAUGGUUCGUCAUGGUAUACACUUGGAAAUUCGUAUGUAUGCUAUUAUUUUAUGGUAGAAAACCAUCCAAAACAUCUAAAACAAGCAUUCAGUGCAUACAAUAUAGCGUUACAAGAUCCAGCUUCACAACUCGAUACCGAUUUGCAUUAUAGUCGUGGAGUAGAUGCACUCCAAUCGUAUGAAAAAGCCAUCGAAUUAGAUCCAGAUUAUGAUGAUGCACGAAAUAAUCAAGACUCAUUGUUAUCCUAUUUAAGAACAGUUACUGAUCUUAUUGCUUGUAAAGGUCGUCUCAAACCAAAACGAUUUAAAUCUUUAAUAUCAGUAUUAAAUGAAACAAAAUGUAAUGAUAAUGUUGUGCCACUUGAUUUUCUUUGUAAUGGUGAAAAUGAUACAGUUAUAUACCGUGGUACGGUCGUCGCUAGUCUUGGUAUACAAGAUGUCAAAUUAAUGUUUAUAUUGGCUGAUACAGAAGAGAAAUGUGUGUUGGUUACAGUUUAUUAUGUUGAUAUUACAUCAUCUGUUUCACUCGGUGAUAUUAUUGAAAUUCCGAAACCGUUUUAUAGACUGAUAAAUAUUGAAUGGAAAAAAGAGAAAUUUUCGAUCCAAUCGAUACGUGUUGAUACACCAAAAUCAUUAAAACUCAAUGGUAAAGAUUGGCCAUUGAACAAAUAUGCUGCUCCGAACAUGUCACAUCUUGAAGAAGAAUUUGAAAAGAUUGAACGAGAACAUGGUUGGUCUGCGCUAUUUCAUAAAUUGGCCACAGAACACGGUAUACGAACGUUAGAAAAGAAAAAUGAUAUUGCAUUGAUGAAUACAAAUCGAGCAUUAAAUCGUUUUCGUGACGUUCUCCCGUAUGAUGAUACUCGUGUUCGUCUAAAUAAUGGUCCAAUCGAUUACAUAAAUGCAAGUUUUAUCAAUGUACCAUUAGCAAACCGACGUUAUAUAUUGACUCAGGGUCCAUUGCCUACAACAUCAAAACAUUUUUGGCAAAUGAUAUGGGAACAAAAUACCUGUGUUAUAGUCAUGCUAACGAAAUUAAUGGAAAAAGGAUGUAAUAAAUGUUGGCUAUAUUAUCCAGAUUAUUCGAAUGAUUCAGAAUUGAUUUAUAACGAUGUUGGUUUAAAAGUAACAUUUGUGUCAGAAAAACCUGGUCCAUGUUAUACACAAAGAAAAUUUGAAUUAACGAAUAUGAGAACGGAUGAAGUUAGAUGUAUUAUUCAUUGGCAUUAUACAGAUUGGCCAGAUCAUGGUGCCCCUGAUUCUGCACAACCAUUUCUUGAAUUUUUGAUGGCAGUUCGACAUUCUGGUGCCUUUGAUUCACGUUACGGUGCACCCGUUCUUCAUUGUAGUGCGGGAAUAGGAAGAUCAGGAACAUUUGUUCUUGUUGAUUCUAUUCUUGUUAUGUUAGCUCAUACGGAUAAUCCUGAAGAAAUAUCCCUCAUAGAAGUUUUAGCUCAAAUUCGAUUACAACGACAUGGUCUAAUUCAAACAAACGAACAAUUAAGGUUUUCUUAUCUAGCAAUAGUAGAAGGUCUUAAAAUAUUAGAUGAGCUAGAAGAAUCACAUGCACAAUUUUUAGAUGAACCGGAUAAUAUGUCAUCGAGCUUGGAAUCGUCAUCGGAAGAAGACUACAAUUAUGGAUAUAAAAAACAACAAUUAAAUCGAGCACAUAAUAUUAUGCCGUCUUCUAAACUAUCCGAUAGUUUAGAAGAUAUUAAUACAGAAUUAAUACGUCGUUUAGAUUCAAACGCAUCAAUUUUCACGCCAAGAACCGUCAGAACUAGUUCAACCAUACCAUCAACAUCCACUAGUGAUUACAAUCAAAAUAAUGGAAAAUUUUUUUCAUCAAUUGCUACACCUUCAACGGCAGACUACACAAAAACAACCUCACCACUGGUGGAUAUUACUACAAAAGAUUCUAACAAUGAUACAUCAUUACGUUUACGAACAGAACGUUUGAAAAGAAAUGAAAUUAUAGAGAAAAAAGUGCAAGAUAUAAAAGAAAAACUUCGUCAAAAUGAACAACAACCAGUAAAAAAAUUAACAAAUUCUAUUUUUACAUUGUUCUCAUCAAAAAAUCGUCGACCAUUAUUAAUUUAUGGUAUUGUUUCAUUGUUAACACUAACCGGUACGAUAUUUUUUUAUAAAUUUUAUUAUAAUGGUAGUGGCGAUAGUAGUGGUAGUAUAACAACAAGAGAAAAAUAA